CAAGAUUUGUUUAUCGAGAGAGAGAAAGAGAGAACAUAAAAGCGCUUGGAAUGUGUGUUGAAGGGUGUCUGUCUUUGCUCUGCAUGGGAGAUGAAAAUGUGAUCUUGAACUAUGAUCAAUUUCAAGUGUAAUGUUGAAAAGUAGCCAUUGAUUAUCAUUCAGAAAGUUUGGAAAUGCCCUCUUCCUCCUGGCUCAGAGAAUGACAUGUGGCAAGGCAUCCCUCACACAACUGACACUCGGAGAACACCACAUCACUAAAAUGACUUAGGGUCAGUGCAAAAGGGGCCAGGGAAGAAAUGAUGUGCAGCGCUGAUAUUCUCUCUAUCGGAAAGUAGAAAAUAUGACUAGAGUGCCAAACAGUUGUUUCAUCAGCCACCUGCAGAAGAAGAAAGUUUUCUGCCAGGAGACUGUGCAAGACCCGUUGAGUCAGAAGUGCCGAGUCUUUGCUUGAAGUGUUGGUGCAGUGUGGCAGCCAACCCAACGCUCCCAUCCUACUCCUCUUCCUUCUCCUUGUCCUCAUCUUCUUCCCCUUUCUUUUGUACUAGCUCUUCCUCCUCCUCCUCUUCGAACUCCUCGUCCCCACCCACCUCCUGCCUCUCAUCCUCUCACUCUUCGUGUCUCUUUUCUGCCUCCUCUUCCUCCUCCUCCUCUUCCUCCUCCUCUUCCUCCUCCUGUAUCUCCUCCUCCUCCAAGCCCUGGCUCCCUCCACGCUGCUCCCUCACAGCCCAACAAAUGUUUGAAUGGGAGGAAGGGGAUCGGUUUUCUUUCGAGGACUCUGAGCGUUUUGAGGAGGACUCACUAUGUAGCUGGAUCAGUGAGCCGGAGUCCCUCUGCAACAACUGGAGGGGGUGGAAGCGCUCAGAGAAGAUUGCCUCCCUCCUCUAUGGCAGAGCCAGAGACCAAGAUGGGGGUGUGCAGACCCUCACUGAGAUGUGUGCCCGCACAGUGGCGGCACACAUCCCUUUUGAGGUGGUGGAGCAGAUGAUGCCACCUGUUCCUGAGCAGCUACAGCUUCUCAUUGCCUUCUGGAGCUUCCCCGAGAAUGAGGAAGACAUCCGCCUGUACAGCUGCCUGGCCAAUGGCAACGCUGAUGAGUUCCUCCGUGGGGAGAACCACUAUAAGCACAAGAGUGUGCAUGACCCACUGCAGAUUGGAUUCCACCUGAGUGCCACAGUAGUGGUGUCCUCCUCAGGCACCAAGGGUCAGUUCAAUGUGGCCGUCACCUUUGACCGGGGACGCAUCACCACCUGCAACUGCACCUGCUCCGCCAACGCCUCCUGGUGCUCACACGUGGUGGCCGUCUGCCUGCACAGAAUACACCAGCCAAGCCAGGUCAAGCUGCGGGCCCCUGUCAGUGAGUCGCUGUCACGCCUCCAGAGAGACCAGCUGCAGAAGUUCGCCCAGUACCUCAUCAGUGAAUUGCCGCAGCAGAUCUUGCCCACGGCUCAGCGACUCAUUGAUGAAAUCCUCUCUAGUCAAACGUCUGACAUCAAUACGGUGUCAGGAGCCCCAGAUCCCACAGCAGGAGGCUCAGCCAAUGAGCAGAUGGCCUGGUGGCUGGACGAGAGUAACCUCCAUGAAAACAUACACAAGAUUCUGGUCAAGUUUUGUGUCCCAUCACCCAUUGUCUUUAGUGAUGUGAACUACCUGAGCUCUACUGCUCCCCCUGUGGCAGCAGAGUGGGCCUCUCUCCUGCGCCCUCUCAGGGGGAGGGAGCCUGAGGGUAUGUGGAACCUUCUCUCCAUUGUCCGGGAAAUGUUCAAGAGGAAUGACCGCAACUCCAUCCCCUUGCUGGAGAUCAUCACUGAGGAGUGCCUGGCCACAGAGAAGAUCCUGGUGUGGUGGGUCAACACCAAGGUUGCCCUUCAUAUGGGCAGCUCUGGCCAUGGUGGGAAGAACAACAUGAACUCCAACAGUCAUGGGAGUCAGUACGCCUGCUCCUCACUAUGUGAUGAAAUUGUGGUGCUGUGGCGGCUGGCAGCACUCAAUCCAGCCUUGUCUCCCCAGGAGCGAGAGCAGCUUAAAGUGCAGUUCAAGACCUGGCACCUCAAAGUCUUGGAGAAAGUAGCUAAGAGCAAAGAGGCCAGCAGCAGCAGCAGUGGAGGUGGCAGCACCAAGCGGGUAACAGACGGGGAUGUGUUCCCAGGGUUCAAGCCUUCCUUGGAGGCCUGUCAGCUAGACUGGAGUGAUUAUCCCCUGCCAGGCGUCACCUACUCCCGCACUGCCUCACGCUACUACUGUCCUGUCAUGUGUUUCCGUCACGACUCCCGCCAUGAGUCCCAGGCAGCUCCUAUCUCUGCCCCACAUCCUCGCAACCCUGCGUCCCACGCAGGCCCCAAGAGGCCCACUGAGCGGCGGGUGCUGAUCAGCCCAGGCCAUCCUGGGGAUCCCGAGGGAGUAGCAGCUGGGGCUUCCAUGGCUGGGCCGCGGCACAGCGGCCACCGCAGCAGCAGUGUCAGCAGCGAGGGGUUUUGUGACCAUGAUGCCGGCCGGGACAGUGACUCUCCCCCAGAGCGUUCCCCUGAGGCAGACUCUGGCCAGGUGUCCCGCCAAAGCUCCAGGGAAGAGAGAGCAGUGCCAGUGCCAGGCCUGGCAGCCACACUGGGCCGGGCCAGGGAGGACAGGGAUAAAUCCUCCCCUGAUGAUGGUGGUGUGGAGUCUGACUGGUCUGGUGUGGCUGAGCCAGCGCGGCCCCAGAGGAGUCGUGGAUCCAGUCGGGGCCAACGAGCUAGGGAUGUGCACGGCUCUGAUGAGUAUGACCUGUACCUUUACAAUGCCAGCCAGGUGGAGGGGGGCGGGGCAGGAGCAGAGGGCCCUGGCUGUCGUGCAGCUGAGAUUUUUGGCAACCUGAAGAAGUUAGAAGAUCCACUGGAGAUCCUGUUUGCCCGAGCCGAAGGACUGCACGCCCAUGGCCACCUCCAGGAGGCAUCUGGGCUGGCUGUGCAGCUGUCCCAUGAGUUACUAGCCAACCCCCCCAACCUGAUGGUGGAUCUUCCUCCACCCCCAAGCAAGGGCAAGCGUAAGAAGGUCAAUCCAGCCUCUCACCACCUGACCUGCCUGGCCUCUGCCACCUUGGGUAAAUGUGCCUUCCUCUGCACUGUGCUGGCAGAGAACCCAGAACACACUCACCUGGCCUUCCAGGUGGCCAUGUUUGGCCUGGAGAUGGCUCGGCCUCCAGCCUCCACCAAGCCAUUGGAGGUCAAGCUGGCCAAUCAGGAGAGUGACCUUGUGGCCCUGCUGAAGCGCCUGCCCCUUGGUCCUAUGGAGCUGGGCGUCAUCAGAGACAAGGCUGAGAAGAUGCGCCUGGGAACCCUCAAGAGUCGCGGGGAAGCCCUGCUGCCCCUCAUGCUGGCAUCCUUCUUAUUUGAUGCUCUUGUUAUUGCUGGAACAACCAAGAGUGCAGUAGGGGGCCAGAGUUACCGGCAGCCCCAGGAUGAAACUCUUGGCUUUGAUGCUGCUGUAGCUGCCAUCGGCAUGAAGGCCAAUGUAUGUGAGGCUGACCACCCCCUGCUCUGUGAAGCCACCAGAAGACAGAGAGGUGAGUUGGCACUGACGCUGCUGACUCACUACAAGGAUGACCAGGACCGCCUUGCACGCAUCAUGGACAAGCUGCUGGACAAGGAGGUUCACCAGAUGUACAAAGCUCCUUCCCUACCCACUUACUAUAUCAACAAUGCCCCAUCCCAGACCAGCAGCAGUGUGGCUGAAUGCGAGCCUACCAGCAGCCUGAGGGUGGCAGACUCCCCAGCUGGUGGCACUGUAACUGGCGGGGCUGUGGUCAGUGUGGCCCCUCUGGCUUCUCUGCAAGGGGUCCAUCUAGGGGCUCCCGUGGGGCACCCAAAUCAAUCGGCAGGGGCCCACCAACAGCUUGCUCAGCAGAAUGCACCACGGCCUCACCCUGCAGUGGCUUCUGGGGCAGAGGUGGAGUCUUCUAUGGCCCGCCUCAGCCUCUCCCCUUCCCAGCCACUUGGAGGAGCCCGGGCUAAGGAUGGACCCACCCCAAGGUUUCUGGAAGGAGAGGAAGGGGAGAGUCCCAGCUGGGAGGAGGACUACAAGGCAUGGGAGGAGAAGUGUGUGGCAGGGAAGCAGCGCAAAAAGAGAGCUCCAGCCUGUGGCCUGGAAACUACCUCAUCAGGUGUGGAAGCCUGGAUCAAGUCAACAGGUCCUGGCUCAGAUUCAGGAUCCUCUGGGAAUUCCUCAGACAGUAUUGGAUCCUUCUCCAGUGGAGACAAGAUUGCUGGCCUGGAGGUGAGGACCUCUCCCAGUGUCAACAAGCCAGUUGAGUCUCCUCCACUGGGAUUCCCUCUGGUGCGGCCAGUGCCUCAGCCCACCCCAGAGAGCACCACCGCCCAGCCCAGACCUCAACCCACCUAUGGAAAGGGAGUUCGCUUCAAGGGAAAGCGAGCCUAUCCAACUGUACCCAACCAGCCCUCAGAAGCCAGUGCUUACUUCAUGUUUGAGUUAGCCAAGACUGUCCUCAACAGAGCUGGUGGAAAUAGCAGCACUUCCCUCUUCACACAAGCAAGCAGCUCCCAGAAUCACAGGGGCCCCCACAGACCCCUCCACAUGUGUGCAUUCCAGAUUGGCUUGUAUGCACUGGGUCUCCAUAACUGUGUCAGUCCUAACUGGUUGUCAAGAACUUAUUCAUCACAUGUGUCCUGGAUAACAAGCCAGGCAGUUGAGAUUGGCUCCUCAGCUGUGUCCUUCCUCAUUGAUACCUGGGAGGGCCACCUGACUCCCCAAGAGGCAGCUUCCAUAUCAGACCGAGCCUCCAGAGGCCGGGAUGCUCUCACCAUCAGGGAGGCAGCCAAGCUAGCACUCUCCUGCCUUCCGCAUUCACAUGCUCUCAACCCCAAUGAAAUACAAAGGGCCAUCAUUCAGUGCAAGGAGCAAAGUGAUGCAAUGCUUGAGAAGGCCUGUCUAGCUGUGGAGGGUGCAGCGAAGGGUGGCGGGGUGUACCCUGAAGUCCUCUUCUCUGUGGCGCGCCGCUGGUAUGAGAUCUAUGAGGCACGCACCCGCCACCAGGCCCGUCACCAGGCCAGGACAGGCAGCAGCCAGCAUGUGGCUGUUGAACCUCCGUUUGUUGACCCUGGAGCAGCAGGUCAUGACUUGCCCUUGCCCCUUCCCCCACCACUCAACCCACCUACACCACCUACACAGCAACAGCAGCAACAGCAACAGCAGCAGCAGCAGCAACAGCAACAACAGCAACAACAGCAGCAGCAACAGCAGCAGCCCCAGCAACCACAGCCAGGUGUUGCAACCCUAGACCAGCAGGCACAGCCAGCACUCCAUCCUCCAGUGUCUGUGGGUGUGAAUGGCAAUGGCAGUGCUGGUACUCUUGUGGGAGUGACUGGAUACCCUGUGGCAGCCACAGCUCCCUCUGUUCCUUAUGGACUGCCAGGCAUCCCAUAUCCACUUGGCUACAACUACAUCUCUGGCCUCACCACCAGUGUCUCCUGUAUCAACCCACAGAUGCCCAUGCAGAUGUACAUUCAGCCUCCAGGAGUUUCCUUCAGUGGGACGCAGGGUGUGUCCCAGCCCCUGUUGCCUCCACCACCCUUGCAGUAUUAUCCUCCAGUGUCCAUACCUUCCACCCUCCCUCAGAAUGGACUAGCUGGCAAUGGAGGUCUGGCAGGAGCAGUACCAGGUGGAAUAAAUGCUGGAGUGGCAGGAAAUGGUAGCCAGCCUCCUCCACCACUCAAUGUUGGGCCACCACCAUUGUCCCAGCAGCCAGCCCUCCUACCUGGCAACACUCCCCCAGCACAGGGUUUCUUCUCCCUGCCAUACUCUGGAGCAGUGGGAAAUGGGGGAGUCUCCACAGCUGGGUUCAUUAGUGGCCCUCAGGCAGGGGCUCUCCUAUCAUGGGUGAGGGCUCAGGGGCCCCACUUAGUACAACAUUCACCUCACCAGCCCCAGCUGCCUCCCCGCCCCACCUCACAACCCCAACAACAGGUGAGUGGUCUGGUAGGGGGCCAGCAGGUGACCAACACAGGCUCCAUGCACUAUCUGCUCAGCUCCUAUCGGGUUGGCAUGCUUGCCUUGGAGACCCUGGCCAGAAGAGUCCAUGACGACCGCCCUCAGGCCAAGUAUGCACGGAAUCCUUCAUAUGGCGAGGAUGUGAAGUGGCUACUUGGGGUGGCUAAGAAGUUGGGUCAGCAGUACCUACACCAGUUCUGCAUGUGUGCUGUGAAUAGUGUGGUGUCCCCAUUUGUGCUGCAGGAGUUGGCUGUAGAGGCAGCACAGUACCUUGCCCGGCACUCCCCAGCACUCUUCCACCAGCAGUUGCGGUCACCCAUUCUCCAACCCCUCGUCCAGAAGUGCCAGCAGAUGUUCCUGCAGUGCACACACCUCAAGAUGUACUAUGUGACACCAACAGACUAUGAUGAGUUUAUCUCUAUCAUCUUGGCUGCUCGUUCAGCUUACCAGAUGACCCCUGGAGGAAUGGUUCAGUUUAACGAACUACUACAGGCACUCAGAAGAUCUAAGUCAUGCAAGAAGGAGCUGUGGACCAGAAUCACAAAUGCACUGCAGCAGACGACACCAGUAUGACCACAGCCUUGUCUAGGGUCUUGUGGAGAGAAUGGUGCCCUGAGGCGAGGGGGUGCAUCGCCAGCAUGAGCCACAGAGGGACAGACCUUCCCCGUGUGUGUCAUUUGAUGAGCUGAGUGAAGUGGUCACUUAACGUUGGAUUCACCCAGAAUAUAAAUGUGGCAACUGAAGAUAAGUGGAAUCGUGACAGGUAAUUAACUUAUUAAUGCUUAAUGAAAUUUAAAUAAGUUAGCAUGUGGGUGUGUGAAAUCCACAGUCUGACGUUCCAUAAAAGGCAAGUUUAAUACUAAAUUUCCUGAGGAAUAAACACAAGAGUAGUUUUCAAAAAGCUGAUACAGCACGAGUUCCACCACCCUCGACAAGGUUGCUGCACUUACAUCUGUAUUCUUAAGUGCAUUUACAAGCUCUUUCUACAGCAGACAACAGACAACCCAGGAAAGGUUAAGAAGCAUGUUUCCUCACAUGUCUCAGUGCAAACCAGAAAGCAUCUAACUACAGAGGCAACAGAUUUCAGUGACAGUCCAUCACUGAAUGUUAAAAGUGCUUGUGAUCUGUACAUGAGCUGUGGAACAUGUUUUUCUUAUUGUUAUUUAUUUAUUAUUCUUUAUUUUUACUUGAGCAUCUUCCCCGUAACUUCUAAAUUAUCCUAGUAAGAGUUAAGGGACACAUUGGUUUGUAUGUAUUUAAAGGCUAAUUUUCAGGUUUAAGAAGGCAGAGUAAGAGAGGCAGGCUUUUUAAUCUGCUCAAUGAGUUGUGUUUAUGACUUGGGAGAUUGAGAAGAUAUUUUUGAGCAUAAAUGGGUGACUAUAUAUUGCAUCAAUAUAUGUAAGCACCUUAAGAAUAUACAAAAAGCACUCAGUGGAAAACCUUAUCUUUGUCCAAGUGUAGCGUCUCAUAAUAAUUAAAAUAAGCGUAACACUGUGUCACCACAAAUCGCACUUGUGUCACAGUUUAGCGGGGAGAUAAUUUUUUAUGAUCUUCUAGUUGAUGGUGAAUAUGUAUGUAGUAGAUUCCACACGAUCCGUUCUGAGCUUGAUCCAGGUUAUGUUUUCUACUGCAGUGGUGACCCGGUGAGCCACUCUUGGUCUGUACAUAGUUUCCUUCCUUUUCUCUCUCUCUCUCUCUCUCUCUCUCUCUCUCUCUCUCUCUCUCUCUCUCUCUCUCUCUCUCUCUCUCUCUCUCUCUCUCUCUCUCUCUCUCUUUUUUUUUUUUUUUUUUUUUUUUUUUUUUUUUUUUUUUUGAGAGUGCCUGCAUGAAUGUAUGUGUGUGCAUACUUCUGUGUGUGUGUAUGUGUUUUAGUUUAUUUUUUCACUGAUUAAUUUCCUCUUUAUUUUGGUCUAUGAUGCUUGCCAGUCAGGGGACAAUUCUGUCUGAUCUCAUUAGUUUUGUAAAGUUUUGCCAAUUUAUCAAGAUUUUUUGCAGUUAUGUCAGCUGAAUUCUAUGGCAGCUGGGGAACUGUUCACUUUUUCUGGACUCUUGGUUAUCCAAGAAGUCAGGAGAAAAUACCAGGUAGCAAUUGAUAUAUUUAUUUCAGGUCGCAUUAUAUUAGCAUACUUUUGACUAUCAUUUUGCCAAAAUACUUAUUCCCUUUAGACUAGGUGAGAUAUGUCUUUGUUUUGAGGUUAGAGUUGAGGUAGAUUUGAAUAUUGAUCUCAGUACGCUAAUUGGAUUGUUUAAGUUCAUGUUUAGUGCAUCUAUUCUGUGGACCACUCAUAGUUCUAGUGUCUUUUUCUUUACCAUUGUUUGUUUUCAAGAAUUACAUACUUAGAUACUCACUCACUACAUCUUUAUAGUUCACGUUCUUGCAAGUUGUAUUUAUGAAAGCAUCUUAAAUCAUAAUGAAUAUCCUGGGAACAUGAAGUGAGGAGAAAGAGGUGUAGUAUUUAUUUAUUUAUCUUACUGUAUUUUAACUGGCUCUUCUCUAAACAUGGAGAGCAAGAAGAAUAACACUAUAGAGAUCUCAUACAGAGGAGGAAACUCGAAAAAGCAGUAACAAAGGAAAAAAAAAACAUUAUGAGAUGCUUGAAAUUGAUGGAUGGACAGUUAAUAGUAAUAUGGGAAGAGUUAGGGACCUGAAAUGAAAUAGGUGAGAACUUUCAAUUAUUAGAGACAAUCAUUUGUGUACACAGAGGUGUAACUGAGUACUGGCUUGUGUAGUGCAGCUAUAGAGUGCGUCGGGUGACUGGCCGCUUCAGAAGGCUAGCUGUAGGAUCAGUGUAUGAGUGUGAUACUGUGAAAAUUUUCAGGUGAAUAUUAGUUUUAAGCUCAUAGUUUUGGUUAUAUAUUUAUUGCCUAUGUUCCCAGCAAUUAAUAUCUCAUGACAAUUGCUUGUGUGAAUUAAAACAUGAUUAUUUUACUUAAUAGAUAAAUAUAUUAGGAUAGGAUUACGAGAACUAGUACAUAUCUGCAUGAAAAAAAAAUUAUCAUCAUAUAUCAAUAUUGCCAUGGCAGGAACUUAAGCUUUACUUGUGAUGAGCAUCCCCGAGUAUGGACAGAGGUAUAAAAAUUCUUCUUGAUUUUUAAAUUUAAGAUAUGUUGGAGAAAGUCUUCAUCUGUUGACUCAGGUUGUCUUGGAUAGAUGUCUGUUGGUCCCACUCUUGCUCGUUGUCACAUUGUUGUCAGCCUGCAUACUCUUACUGUCAGGAAUGCUGUGAGCUGCUUCACUCCUUGUUGCCUUAAGAAGGACACUUAAGGUUGAGGCGAGGCAUGUCCACAAGUGCUGAGUGAGGGAAGCUGCCAUUGAUCAUGUCCCCAUUGUCCCCUGGCUGGCUGGCUCAAGCUGGGCCAGUAGUGUCAAUAUUUGUAAGAUUUCUGCAUUUAACAUUUAGGACUGGAUUAGCUGUCUUGUUUAACUUUUCAAUAGAAAUUAUAUGAAAACAUUAUUUUUUCUAAAUACAGUAGCAUACACAUUGUUGAAAGACACAUUUUAUAAAUGUGGCAUAAAUGAACACCAUGAAUGGUUUUCCAGCAUUCAGGUAUUUUUUAUGUGAUAUAUACUAUUAAGAAUUUCACAUAGUGAUAUUUAAUGUCACUGAUAGAAGCAGAUAUGUUAGGAUUUUUUGAAUGAGCUCUGUUAGAAUCUACAAGAAAUUUGUGUAUAUGAUAGUGUAGUGGUGAGGGAGGAGACAAGCAGACUCAGGGGGGCCAGGCUGGUGUAUUCUCUGACCUUCAACUUCACCAAAUUUAAGGAUAUAUUUUAUAAUUUUGUUAACAAAAGGGAGUGUGUAACAUGGUCACACUUGAUUUCAUAUAGAGCACUGAAUUCUGCUCUGUAAUUGUGAGAAUGAUGCCUGAUUAUUGAAAUACGUAACAGCAUGUCGGAAAUAUCCUUGAUGAGCUGACGGCAAUGUUAGACCUGGUACAAGUAUUUGAGUACAAUGUAAAUCUUUUGGCAACAUUUCUCCAUUUCCAAGUGCUAGAGACGAGCCAUGGCAGAAACACUUAGGAGGUAUUUUUAUGGUUGUAUGACAACAAGAAAAAAGAAAAAAAAAAAGAAAAAAGAUGCACCAUGUUAGAUCGAGUGCUUUUGGACCUGCGUUUGCUUGCCUCUGUCUCUGCUCUGACAAUGAGCUUCUUGCACAUAGGUGGUAGUGUUUCUUGUGUGUUUUGCUUGUCACGGGAGUUACCCGCUGGCAGAUUGAUUCUCCCUCCCUAAUCAUAAUGUAAUUUAAGGCAGCAGUAUCUCUUCCGCUCAAUUAUCAGUCAUAUUUAUUAAGUUCUUCGUGUUAUGGAGGAGCAGCACAUUUCGUUGUCGGCAAGAGCCUAUCUGGAAUUAAGUUUUGGCAAUCCUCCAUUUUAAUAAUCAACCCUGGAAACUAGGGCAGUGAGUACAAGAGUGAAGACUUAAAUAUGGCUGAUAUACACAUAUAAAUACAUAUAUAAAUAAAUAUAUAUUAUUAUUAUUAUUAGUGUAAUAAGAAUUUGCUCAUUGUUUAUACCAUUUGUAGGAGUGAACUCAUGUUAGGUGGGUAUCAUUGAGGGAGUGGCCAGCUUCACUUAUGGGGAAUAAUGGCUAAGUCUGCAGCUGCAUUCACUGAAGUAUCUUCAUUAUUGUUUAAAUUUUUGGGGCUGUCAGCUGUCCAGUGUGUUUUCAGAUUCAGGAGCUAGUCAUCUGCUGGUCAGGAUUUUACUUCAAAAUUUUAGUUAUAUACAUGUAUGUAUUUCUUUUUUAAAAUCAUGUGAGCUUGUUGCAUGUCAGAGAUUUAGGAGACCCAGGAGUCUGGCACAUGAUUACAUCAAUGUCUGUCAAGUGUCCUGGCUAAUUCUAGUUUGCCGGCGUGAAAGAUGUGUGUGUAUAUAUAUAAAUAAUAUAUAUAAAUAUAGCAAUUCUAGCACUCUUGAGGUGUGUGCACUUCAGUGUAUGUUAGAGAUAUAUUUUGUACGCGCUAUUAAGGCACGUGAGCUGAUGGAACACUGCUGGGUUACAGAUGUCAUUGUGUCUCUUUUUAAAGUGGGUUCAUAUCCCUCAGGUGGAUUCUUCUCUUAUCAUUUGUGAAAAAUUAUUUCAUCUGCAGGUCAGUAAAAGAGUACAAAUUGGGAUGCAGUUGGAAUAUCCCAUUAUUUUUGAACUUCAAGAGUUGACCUCAAAUUUGUUCCACUUUAUACAUUCAGAGUUAGAAAGUUUUGGUUUGAAACUAGAAUGUAGUUAUUCACAUGUUUCAUAAAGACUUGCUGCUGUAUAGGACCUAGGUAGUAGUGCCUCUUUUCCUGGUUUGUGUGUGUGUGUGUGUGUGUGUGUGUGUGUGUGUGUGUGUGUGUGUGUGUGUGUGUGUGUGUGUGUGAGAGAGAGAGAGAGAGAGAGAGAGAGAGAGAGAGAGAGAGAGAGAGAGAGAGAGGCAGGUGCAUUUGUUUCAUAUGUUCUUUAUAAGUGUAUACACACACACACACACACACACACACACACACACACACACACACACACACACACACACACACACACACACACAUGUACGUAGUAGCUUCAAGCAUGGUGGUGUGAGCAUAAUCUUGAUCAGCAAUAGACAGCCUACUUCUGUUCUGAGAAGGAUCCAUCUUGAGAGAUUAACUGGGGCACUUUACUAUUUAUUUAUUAUGUACUGACUUUUUUACUCAUAUUUAUUGUAUGUGUUUAACAUGUUCAUUGUGGCUUUCAGCUUGAUAGUUGUGUUUUCUUUGAAUUAUGCAAAAGCUUCCAUGUGCUAUCGCAUCUCAGGAUAAAUUUAUUAUGUUGCCAGCAGCUUGGCAUUAUACGCUCACACACACAUGAACACACACACACACACACACACACACACACACACACACACACACACACACACACACACACACACACACACACACACACACACACACACACAUAUGAACACACACACACACACAUGAACACACACACACACACACACACACACACACACACACACACACACACACACACACACACACACACACACACACACACACCAUAAUUUAGGUUGUUCCUCUAAAUUUUUAAGUAUUUACUACUUUUUGUUCCUUGAGGGAUCUCUUAAAUGCAAUAGAGAUAAUUUUAUAUCAUUUAUCAUCUCAUGACGGAGAUAGAUCUACGUAAAGAGCUUGUUCUUGUUGUGUGAACCUAACUUAUGCCUGUUUAUACAAGGAGAGUAUAGCAGAGGUUGAUGUAUUGUCCAAGAGGGCCAUUGUUGACCACCAGCUGAUUGAUUUGUUUGAAAACUAUCUUGUUAUUAUCUUGAUACAAAUCAAAGCAAAGAAACCCAACAAUUUCAUAGAAGUGUUCGGUACUUUUUUUUCAUUUGGAAUUUGUGAAGUACUUAGAUCUUUGCAGAAUUGACUUGAGGAUGAUAUGCAACCAUUUUAUGGACACACACACACACACAUGUAUAUAAUGCCAUUCCCGGUGGAUUCCUGGACAUUUUAGUGCUCCAGGAUUAUUAUUUGCCUAUAAUUUUACAUUCUUACCAUAGUUUUGCCAGAAUAUUCCUUUGGUACAUGGUAUGUAUUAUACUUGAUUGUAUAUUUUUUUAAGGAUAAUGGGAAAUUGUACUAGGGUUAAAGGAUUUUGAUAAUACAUAUAUGGUUAAUCGUUACUGUAACUUGCUGAUGAAUCUGUAAUAUUUAUUUAUGAAAGAGUUCUUCCUAUUCUUCCUGUAAUGCAUCUACUUUGUACUUUUGUAGCAGUUUGUAUAAUUUCUGCCUAUCCUCAAUUCCUGUUUUGAGUAUUUAUUGGCAGUGUUGACAGGCUGCCUCCCUGUACCUCUGUGUACUGCUGUUGGGGAGCAAGGCAGUCUUCAACACCUACCAAUGUCAACAGCAAUGCCAUGUGUGGAGCUUCCCUCUUGUUGUCACUUGUGUUUUGAUGUGUUCUCCACCUCUUUAAGUGUAAUUUGGUUGUAUGUUAACCAUUUUUAUUUGGAAGAUGUAAUGUGAAGAAUGUGAAAUGGUACGUAUAUUAAAGAAACAGGGAAUUUGGUAUGCAAUUCUUGGCCAUCAUAUUCAUUAGUAAUUUUAUUGUGACUGCUGAUGGUUUUGAACACAUCUUUAUUUGACCAUUGUCCCUGAUGUGUAGCUGGCAACACAAGUAUCAUGUCAUGUAAACUCAUUGUCACUGAAAGGACCUUUCGCUUGGUGAAAGUUUGCUUUCAAUCUCCUAAUGUCUCUUCUCAACUGAGAAGAAGAAAAGUACAAUGCCAAUUUUUUCUUAACUCUCCCCUCCUGCAUGUACGAAGGUUUGUGUAGCUAUCAACUUAAGAGUACUAUCAGAAGAUGAGUAAAUAUUUUCAUUAUUGCAGCUCUUUGGAUUUUUAAAUAAAAUUUAAGUCUGCAAACAAAAUCUUGAAGGAGAUGGUGCGUCCUUUCUCUUCUAUCCCAGUUGAAUUUGAAUCUUGUUAAUUUCCUCUGGUGUGUCAAUAGGAAUGAGAGUGUCAGGUCUGCAGGCCAAGGUUUGGGUAACAUUCGCUGUAGUCUGCUGUGCAGUGUUCCCCUCCCUCUCUCCAGACCUGCAACGUUCAUUGUGUAACAAAUGCACUUUCGUUGCAUGCAAAUAACGACUGAAGAUGGUUGGCUUUGUUAUAGUAGCAUUUGGAAGCCUAGGUGCAUUUCUAAGCUCCAAGAGGUACCUCCACACCUUAGGAUUUGUCAUCAGUCAUCAUUUUAGCCAUAUGUGAAGUGUAAUGUAAAGGUGAGGAACUAAAGUUAAACAUUCCCGCCUGUCCAGGGCUGACCUGCACACAGCACUUCCUAGUUCAAGUUGUCAGCAGAAAGGUUUAAUGUUUUCCUUACCAGACCCGUAGAGUUGACAUGCUGUUUAUUAGUGUUAUUUUGUGUCUCGACCUUAUGUUCAUCAAUAUAGCUCGAUAAUGCAA